AUGGACGAGUCGGGCGCAUCGACCACACCGGAGGACCCGGACCCAGGCUCUGAGAGUCGACCCAAGUAUGAAGACUUUGCUCACCACCAACCAGUGUACGGCGAUUGGCCCCCUGAAUCAACCACAGAGACAACACCGUCUCAGAAUGUCGCGAUCCAAGACUGGCCUAGAUCGACGACGGCACCUGCUGUCGAAUUUCAAUCCACCCCUCCCGAGGUCACGUCACCUGCCGAUGUCGCCGCCGCCGUGAAGAAGGAAAAGGGACGAGUGCGAUUCAACAGCAAUGCCGGUGCUCAGCUUCGACCGCCCAUCAACCCCAGUGUGCCGCAGACCGGCCCCGAGCGACGCAGCUCCACGGUGCCUCCGCGACCCUCGGCGCUUCGAAACCAUUCGUCCGGCUCGAUCCCAACGACGGGUUACUUUGCGAGGGAGGCUGCCGCUGCCACCGCCGCCGCCGCCGCCGCCGCCGGACAUCAUGAGGUCUCGGGUAACCAGUUCAUCGAGGACUCCCCCGAGAAGCAAAUAUCAGCCGCAGCCGCCCAGGAGCGAGCCAAAAAGGUGGCUGACAAGCUACAACGGGGUUCGCCCACGCACUCCCGUAAUAACUCGUUUGACUCCCCUCCAGUCAGCGUCGAUGGUGACGCCGAGCCAUUCCCCAGCGACGGCAGCAUUCCUUUGCGGAGCAUGGGCCACACGCGCUCUGAGUCGGGCGAGGAUGACUGGCAGCUGCUACAACAACUCGAGGAGCCCCCCCAGACUCGUAAUGACGAAGCGUUCGACCUUGUCCGUUCGCACACCAUGCGCAGGCAGGAAAAGACGCCCGACGAGGUGACCGUCGUCGAUCCCGACGAGCAGGUGGCAGCGACGACGACGGUGACAACGACGGGUAACGCAAUCGAGGUGGAUGACUGGAAUGCCGGCGGGUACGACGGCGUAGUGUCGGUGCCCACGCCAAAGCACUACCGCGGCGGCGUGCUCGCGCAGCUGCUAAAGCUCUACAAGCCAUCCGAAACGAACGGCGGCGGCAAUGCACGGCGCUCCGGCGGUCACCAGCGCAACAUAUCGGCCUCUUCCGCCGGACACACCACCUCCGGCUCUGAGUCGGGCCAUACCACGCCUAGCCGGCGAAAGUGGUACGAGCAGAACCGCUCACAGGACACGCUGGCGAAUCUCAUUGAGGCAUCGGCACGCCUCGCCAACCCGAACCUCGGCCAUCACCAUGACGGCGGCGCCGGGUCGAGCUCGGCGUCGCCCAAGAAGAAGCGGCCCAAGGCGAAGCGCAUGGGCAGCAGCUCGCUCUUCCACGGGCACCACAACGGGCACAAGGAGGAGACACGCAUCGCUGUGCACAUUGCCGGCAUUCUCGCGCGCCAGGGGUACAUCAUCAAGCUGUGCCGCGCGCUCAUGCUGUACGGCGCGCCCACGCACCGCCUCGAGGAGUAUCUCAGCAUGUCGGCGCGCGUGCUCGAGAUCGAGGGCCAGUUCCUGUACCUGCCCGGCUGCAUGGUCAUCUCUUUUGAUGACAAGUCGACGCACACGACCGAGGUGCGCAUCGUCCGCACCGUCCAGGGCAUCGACCUCGGCAAGCUCAAGGACGUCCACCAGGUGUACAAGGAGGUCAUGCACGACGUCAUCGGCGUCGAGGAGGGCGCCGAGCGCAUCGACGCCAUCAUCGCCGCGCGCGAAAAGUUUCACCCGUGGACGCGCGUGCUCAUCUUCGGCCUGACCAGCGCCACCGCCGCGCCCUUCUCGUUCAAAGCGCGCUUCAUCGACCUUCCCCUCGCCUUUUGCUUUGGCUGUCUCGUCGGCGCGCUGCAGCUGAUUGUUGCGCCCAAGUCGAACCUGUACAGUAACGUUUUUGAGGUCAGCGCAACGGUUAUCGUGAGCUUUAUGGGUCGCGCCUUUGGUAGCAUCUCUGACAGCAACCUGUUUUGCUUCUCUGCCAUCACGCAAGGCGGCAUUGUCAUGUUGCUGCCUGGCUACUCAGUCUUGUGCUCCGCGCUGGAAUUGCAGGCCCGUGCAAUCGUCCCAGGAUCCAUCCGCAUUGUCUACGCCAUCAUCUACUCCCUGCUGCUCGGCUUCGGCAUCACCGUGGGCGCCUCCCUCUGGGGCAUCUUUGACAAGAACGCCACGUCCCAGACGCAGUGCUCAAAUCCCAUGAGCCCCUACGUCGCCUUCACUUUCGUGCCCCUCUUCAUCAUCUGCAUCAGCGUACUGUACCAGGCCAAGUGGCGCCAGAUGCCCGUCAUGGUAAUCAUUGCCUUCUCGGGCUACAUCGUCAACUACUUCAGCAGCGUGCGCUUCGUCGCGAGCCCGCAGAUCGCCAACACGCUCGGCGCCCUCUGCGUCGGCGUGCUCGCCAACCUGUACUCGCGCAUCCGGCACGGCGUCGCCGCGGCCACGCUCAUCCCCGCCAUCUUUGUCCAGGUGCCAGGAGGGCUGGCGGCGACGGGCGGCCUCCUGAGCGGGCUGCGGACUGCCAACAUGCUCACCAAUUCCAACUCCACAGAGACGCCGGGUGAGUCGGCUAAUGCCAUGAGCACGGUGGUGUUUGACGUGGCUGCCUCGAUGAUUCAGAUUGCCAUUGGCAUUGCUGUUGGCCUGUUCUUGAGUGCGCUCUUGAUUUAUCCCCUUGGCAAACGCCGGAGUGGUCUUUUCAGCUUUUAA